AUGGGGGCGCCCCUGGAGAAAGUCUACCACUUUGGCUUCAGCUUCUCAGUGAAGCAAGUGCUGGAUGUGGAGCUCAUCGGGGACAUCGAUCCCAGGUGCCUCUACCUGGUGCCCUGGCCGACCUCCACCUGCGCCUAUGAGGCCGAACUGACCAAAGUGGCCGACCAGCUGCCGCUGGCCCUUCGGGUACGCACCUCCAGCUGGUACUUUGUGUGCCCCGAGGGCCGCAGCUGGGAGGAGUACCUGAAAAGCCUGAAGCCCAGCCACGGGAAGAAGAUCCGCAGAUACCUCCAGAGCCCGGCGAAGCGCGGUUACUCGGUGCAGCUGGAGAGUCCUGAGCAUCUGGAGCUUCCCCGGUGCUACGAGCUGCUCUGCCAGACCAUGCGCCACAACCAGGACCACCACUUCUACACCCAGGAGUCCUUCCAGCAGCAUCUCAGCUCGCUGGAGGAAGUCUGGGUGGCCAGGCUCAACGGCCAGGUCGUGGGCUUCUACAGCGGUGCAGUCAUCGGCCACGAUCACUCACUGGAGUUCCGCAGCUUCGGGGUGUACCACAAUCUCUUCCUGGAGCACGUGAAGCUGGGCUUUCAGCGAGGAGAGGAGAUGAUCGACCUGGGCAACGCUGGGGACUCCUUCAAGCGAGAGCUUGGCGCCAAGGCCUUCGAAGUGGCCUUCUCCCUGCGGUCCACCUACCGCCGAUGUCUUGCGCUGAUGGCCUGGGGCCUGCAGACCUGGGUGCAGGUGCUGCUGCAGCCGUGGCCUUGGUGGCUUCAGCUCCUGGUGGGCGUGCUCGUGCUGCGCCUGUGCCUGUAUUUGCACAAGUGGCUGUCCAUCCUCCUCUGA